AUGGACUUGGGAGGGAACUCUUCGCCUCCCAAGCAACCAGCAGCUCUUCCCCAGGCUGGGUUAGUGCACGAUUUUCUUGGACGCCAGUUGUUCUUUCGCUUGGGAAACAACAAACCCUUUAAUUCCAGGGUCGAUCCACAGGUAUUCAAGGGGAUAGAUAACGAGCGUACGAAUAUUAGGAAAGAAAGGAGAAAUACUCACCAAAAAAAGGGAACUCGAUCAAAGGUGCCAGAUCCACACUCUUACACUUUGCGGGUUGCCGCGUGUCUCCCCAUUUUCAUUUUCCUCAAAGCUACGAGACCUCGUGUCCGAUCACGAGGGCCUCUCAAGUCGUUUGGAAAAAUUACUGAUCCCUGUGCUCGCAAUCGAUACUUUAGGGAAUUACCCAUGCGAGCAAGGGCUACGACUAUUUACCAAUAA